UAGCUGGCUGCUGCUGCCCCAGCUCUGCUGAAGGGUGGGGGAGGAAGCGGAGGGAGCGAGCGGAGAGGAGAGGCAGGUGUGUGCAGGUGAGUCACCUGGAUCAUGAGGUCAUCCCUCUGCUGGCUCCUCCCACUUCUCCUCUUGGCCUCAGUGACCCAAGGCCAGCCAACAAGACGACCCAAAUCUAGGCCCAGGCCCAAGCCUAAGCCUAGACCCACACCCCCCUUUCUUCAGCCUCAUGAGCCCUCAGAGCCUACAGACCUGCCUCCUCCGCUCCCACCAGGUCCUCCGUCCUUCUUCGCCGACUGUCCCAGGGAAUGCUACUGCCCCUACGACUUCCCAUCUGCCCUGUACUGCGACAGCCGCAACCUGCGCAAGGUCCCUGUCAUCCCCUCCCGCAUCCACUACCUUUACCUGCAGAACAACUUCAUCUCUGAGCUCCCACUGGAGUCUUUCAAGAACGCCUCGGGCCUGAGGUGGAUCAACCUGGACAACAACCACAUCCGUAAAGUGGACCAGCGGGUGCUGGAGAAACUGCCCAGCUUGGUCUUCCUCUACCUGGAGAAAAACCGACUGGAAGAGGUGCCCUCGGCCUUACCCAAGAACCUGGAGCAGCUGAGGCUGAGCCAGAACCAGAUCUCCAAGAUCCCAGCCGGGGUCUUCAGCAAGCUGGAGAAGCUGCUGCUCUUGGACCUCCAACACAACAAGCUGAACGACCACGUCUUCAAGCCCAACACCUUCCAGGGCCUCAAGAACCUCAUGCAGCUCAACCUGGCCCACAACACCCUGAAAAAGAUGCCGCCCAAGGUGCCCACGGCCAUCCACCAGCUCUUCCUGGACAGCAACAAGAUCGACACCAUCCCGAGAGACUACUUCAAGGACUUCCCCAACCUGGCCUUCAUCCGGCUCAACUACAACAAGCUGUCAGACAGAGGGCUCCCCAAGAACUCCUUUAACAUCUCCAACCUGCUAGUGCUCCACUUGUCCCACAACAUGAUCAGCAACGUCCCUGCCAUCAAUAACAAGCUGGAGCACCUGUACCUGGACAACAAUUCCAUUGAAAAAAUCAACGGCACCCAGAUUUGCCCCAACAACCUGGUGGCCUUCCACGACUUCUCCUCGGACCUGGAGAACGUGCCGCACCUUCGCUACCUGCGCCUGGAUGGGAACUACCUGAAGCCGCCCAUCCCCCUGGACCUCAUGAUGUGCUUCCGCCUCCUGCAGUCCGUGGUCAUCUAGGCCCCACUCUGCCCCUGCGUCACCUUCAGACCAGACUUGAAUGUUGGUGGCUCAGGCACUGGGUCCACAUGCUUUCCUCUGGGGGCUCCCUUCUUCACUCCUUGCCGGUCCCUCUCUUCCCUGCCCUCCUGAGGGGGGGCAAAAGCCACAGGAGUGAGACUUGAUGGGGUCCCUCCCAAUUCAGAAGCGCCCGCUGCACCCCAUGCACCUAGCCAUAUGCUGUCUCCCUUUGCCCCGGGAGCCUAGCUGCUUUUCUAAAGAUCUCAGCAUCCCCCCUCACCCCCCUUUUCUCUCCCCCUCCACCCAUCGCUCCAGGGUAAGUCUGGGUCGUGGACUGGUCUCUGGAGCUUGGUCCUGGUCAGAGCAAGCAGAAGACAGGUCGGGUGGCCUGGAGAAAGCCACUCUGGUUCAAAGGUCGCCUCCUGCAAGGACCCUUUCUAACAAAGCAGCUGCUCUGCCACCAAAUUCCCUAGCAAUGGACCUCAGCCCUGGCCCAAGGCUGCCCUAAGCUCCAGAAAAGCAGUGUGAGGGAUGACAGGGUGGAGGGUCAGGUUUCCCACGGGGCCUGGCAGCCAGCCUUCUCUUGCCACCAAUGAGCUGAGAGGCUCUCCUGCAGCGUGAUCACAAGCACACCUCCGCUUGGCUGGGCCUGCACAUCCUUCAGGAGU